CUUUCCCACUUGUCAUUUGUCAUUUGUCAUUUGUCAAUUCUUUUCUUCUAUUUCACUUUUUUUUUUUUAACCCUUCAAUUCAAUCAUAUUCAGUAUGGACGUUGAAAAGGAAAAUGUCAUCGACGAGAGUCUUUACUCGCGUCAAUUAUAUGUUCUUGGUCAUGAGGCCAUGAAGAAGAUGGGUACAUCUAACAUCUUGAUUGUCGGUCUCAAGGGUCUGGGAAUCGAAAUCGCCAAAAACGUUGUCCUUGCUGGUGUUAAGAGUGUUACACUUUAUGACCCUGCCCCAGUUCAACUUUCUGACUUGUCAACUCAGUUCUUCCUAACUAAAGAGGAUGUUGGUCAGCCUCGCGAUGUUGUCUCUAGGCCACGCCUUGCAGAGCUGAAUGCAUAUGUGCCUGUUCGUAUUCUGGAAGGAGAGCUGACUACAGACAAAUUGUCACAAUUCAAGGUCGUGGUUGUGACCGAGACAUCAUUAGAAAAGCAACUAGAGAUCAACGAGUAUACACAUGUCCAUGGAAUCCACUUCAUUUCAGCCGAGAUCCAUGGUCUCUUUGCUUCAGCCUUCAAUGAUUUCGGCAGAGCAUUCCAUGUUGUCGACGUUACAGGUGAAGAGGCACUCUCUGGAAUGGUGGCUGAGAUUUCAUCAGAUAAGGAGGGCAUUGUUACCUGCUUGGAUGAGACGCGUCAUGGUUUAGAGGAUGGCGAUCAUGUCACGUUUGUUGAGGUGGUUGGUAUGGAGGCACUCAAUGGCUGCGCACCAAGGAAGAUUAAGGUGCUUGGCCCAUACACCUUUUCUAUUGGUGACACAUCUGGCUUGGGAACCUAUGUCAGUGGAGGCCUCUUCCAGCAGGUCAAGAUGCCUAAGCUAGUUGACUUUGCUAGUCUUAAGGAUUCCUUGCAAAAGCCUGAGUUCUUGACCACAGAUUAUGGAAAGUUUGAUCGUCCUGCACAACUUCACAUCGGGUUCCAGGCACUCCAUUCUUUUACUACCAAGAAUGGUCGUCAACCACGUCCCAGGAAUGUUGAGGAUGCUAAACAGGUUUGGGCCCUUGCCAAUGAGAUCAAUGAUAAGGCACCAGAGAAGACUGAGCUAGAUGAGAAGCUUAUCCAAGAGCUUGCUUUCCAGGCUGUUGGAGAUUUAUCACCAAUGGUUGCUGUUAUUGGUGGAACUGUGGCUCAGGAAGUUCUUAAGGCAUGCACAGGGAAGUUCAGCCCCAUCCAUCAGUGGAUGUAUUUUGACUCUCUUGAAUCUUUGCCUACUUCAAUCACCUUGACCGAGGAGGCAUGCCAACCCAUUGGCUCUCGCCACGAUAACCAAAUCGCUGUCUUUGGCAAGGAAUUCCAGGAAAGAAUUGAAAACUUUAGGGAGUUCUUGGUUGGAGCAGGAGCAAUCGGAUGCGAGAUGCUUAAGAAUUGGGCCAUGAUGGGUCUUGGAACUGGACCUAAGGGCAUGAUUCAUGUUACUGACAUGGACACUAUUGAAAAGAGUAAUCUGAACCGUCAGUUCCUGUUCCGUCCAGCAGAUGUUGGCAAGUUGAAGUCUCGCUCGGCCGCUGAGGCUAUUGCCAAAAUGAACCCUGCUACGGUGGGCCAUGUCCAAGCUUAUGAGGAGCGUGUGGGCGUUGACAGUGAGAAGGUCUACGGCGAUGAUUUCUUUGCCAAUCUUGAUGGUGUUACGAAUGCCCUUGACAACCUUGAUGCACGUAAAUACAUGGACAGACGCUGCGUCUACUUUCGCAAGUCUCUCUUGGAAUCUGGUACACUCGGUACCAAAGGUAAUGUGCAAGUGGUUGUUCCAUUUGUUACAGAGUCCUAUUCUUCUUCUCAAGAUCCACCAGAGACCUCGAUCCCUCUGUGCACGCUCAAGAACUUCCCCAACGCUAUCGAGCACACUAUUCAGUGGGCUCGUGAUGCCUUCGAAGGAUUCUUCAAGCAGCCUGCUGAAAAUGUUAACCUCUAUCUUAGUCAACCUAACUACAUUGAGGGCUUGUUGAAGGAUCGUGGCAACAGCACUGAGACUCUGAAGACUAUUCAAAAAUACCUUGUAACCAAUAAACCCUUGACCUUUGAGGAGUGCAUCACCUGGGCCCGCCUCCAGUUUGAGGAACAGUUCAACAACAACAUUCAGCAACUCUUAUUCAACUUCCCCAAGGACUCUGUCACUUCGUCAGGGACUCUUUUCUGGAGUGCUCCUAAGCGCGCCCCUACCCCUCUGGAGUUCAACAUUGAUGAUCCUAGCCACUUGGAGUUCAUUAUCGCAGCUGCCAACCUUCAUGCUUUCAAUUAUGGCUUAAAGGGCGAGACCAAUCCUGAAGUUUUCCGCCAGGCUCUUUCGACUUUGGUUGUUCCUGAGUUCAAGCCCAAGUCGGGUGUCAAAAUCCAGGUGAAUGAGAAUGAAAACAUGCCAACGGAAGAGAGUGACCAGGCUGAGCUUCAAAAGCUGAUUGAUACCUUGCCUGCACCAUCUACCUUGGCUGGAUACCGUCUCCAUCCCGUUGAGUUUGAGAAGGAUGAUGAUACCAACUUCCAUAUUGAUUUCAUCACUGCAACGUCGAAUUUGCGUGCAGCGAACUAUGGCAUUACGCCUGCAGAUAAACAUCGUACCAAGUUUAUUGCAGGUCGUAUCAUUCCUGCUAUUGCCACGACCACAGCCAUGGUGACAGGCCUAGUUUGCUUGGAAUUGUACAAGUUGAUCGAUAACCGCACCAAGAUUGAUGAUUACAAAAAUGGAUUUGUUAACUUGGCACUACCAUUCUUUGGCUUCUCUGAACCCAUUGCUGCACCCAAGUUCAAAUACCAUGAGACUGAGUUUACGUUGUGGGAUCGCUUUGAGAUCAAUGAGGAUUUGACACUGCGGGAGUUCCUCAACUACUUCAAGGAAAAGCAUGAGCUCGAUAUUGCAAUGGUCUCUGCAGGCGUGAGUAUGUUGUACACGUCGUUUAUGCCUAAAGACAAGAGGGAAGAACGCUUGACCAUGCCCUUCUCUAAGCUAGUCGAGACAGUUUCUAAGAAGUCUACGCCUCCUCAUGUCAAGGCGCACACAGUUGAGGUAGUCUGCUACGAUCGUAAUAAGCAGGACGUUGAGGUCCCUUACGUCGUUGUCAGGUUCCGUUAGACUAUUCUUUUUUUUCUUCUCAUUUUGGUUUAUAUUCCACAAGUAGAUAUAAAAGCCUGCUAUAUGUCUCAAACGC